AUGGAAAAUGUACUCAAAAAGUUCCCCCAUGGGCUCCCCACUCUCGAGCAGAUUCGAGAGUCGAACAAAGGAUCAGAUCUCCCUCCGGAGACUGCUUGGAUUUGGGGACCAGAGGAUGAAAUUGGCCGAAUCAACCUUCUGACGCCAGAGAGAGUUCGAGAGGCCAAAACCAAAGAGCUCCUGGACGGCGACGUUGUGUCAUUGAACUGGCCCCUGAAUCUGCCCAAGAAGCCAUCCUUUGGCCGCCAAGCAGCCAAGCUCACUCUCAAACAGACGACGCCAGACACUGAGAUGAGCCAAGACGACCUCAUCGACAUGAAUACCCAGUCUGGCAGUCAAUGGGAUGGCUUUCGCCACGUGGGACACCUGAAGAACAAGUUCUUCUACAAUGGCCUCCGACCGACCGAACUCAAGACUGACACUCGUUGUGGUAUCCAAGCCGUCUCAAACCAUGGCAUCGUGGGGCGAGGCGUGCUGCUGGAUUACUAUAGCUGGAAGCAACAACGAGGAGAGGAGUACGAUCCUUUUACCUCGCAUGAGAUACACCUGGACGAGCUCCUUCAGGUGGCCAAGGAGCAACGUGUAACUUUCGAGACUGGCGACAUUCUUAUUAUUCGGAGUGGCUACGUCUCCAAGUAUCAUGAGAUUGAGCGCAGAACCCCGGCGAAGCUGGAGGAGCUUGCCAGUGCGUCCCCCCAGUUGGCCGGCGUGGCGCCAACAGAAGAGAUCAAAACGUGGCUGCACGACAGCUACUUCAGCGCGGUAGCAGGAGACGCUCCUGCGUGGGAGACGUGGCCCCCUGCCAAAGACUUGCUGCAUCAGUACUUGCUCGCGCUGUGGGGGAUGCCAAUCGGUGAAAUGUUUGACCUUGAGGCGCUGGCUGAGCAGUGCAAGAGGAAAAAGCGAUGGUCUUUCUUCUUUGUGAGCACACCUCUCAAUAUACCAGGUGGAGUCUCGAGCUUAGCAAACGCUCUGGCUGUGCAAUAG